AUGAUCAAGAGACGCAUCUCCCAUUUUGAAUUGCCUAAUGACAAAUGGAACAUAGUAGAUGACAGUCUGCUGUAUCGAAUUGUUAAAGAGCCGGAAGACAAAAUUUACAGAAAAUUUUUCUCAUUCGAUCUAGAUAACACAUUAAUUUUAUCUCGCUCAUUCUUCAAACCUGCACAAAACCAGAAUGAUUACAUUUUCUAUUCAGAUAUAAUAGACUUUUUGAAAAAAAAAAGAGCAGAAAAUUACAAAAUUAUCAUUUUCUCCAACCAAAAAGGAGUAAGUACAGGUAAAAUAAGUAUUGUAGAUAUAGUAAACAGGGUUGACGAUGUUAUAGAAAAAAUAGGGAUACCCUUAGAAUGCUAUUUAGCAUUAAAAAAUGACAAGUAUAGAAAACCGAGAAUUGGAAUGUAUAAUUUUGCUAAACAGAAUAAUAAAGGUCCAAUUGAUGAAAUUAUUUAUGUAGGAGAUAAUGCCAACCGAAUUUAUGACGAUAAUUUUAAAACCAAAUUUAUUAAUCACCUGAGAUAUGUAUAUUCCAAAAAUAACGUGAACAUUAACAUAAACGAAAUAGCCAAAAAGUUAAAAAAGGAUUAUACAGACACUGAUUUAAAGUUUGCUUUAAAUAUAAAUGCCAAAUUUUACACACCUGAAGAAUUGUUUCUAAAUAUAAAAAAUAAUUUGUCAGCCAAAUUUUCCUUUAAUCCUUUAAGUUUACAAAAAAAUGUAGAUGAACUAAAUUAUCAGAAAAGCCAAAAUAGCGUCCGACAUUUGUUGGAUCGAGCAGAUCUUCACAGUUCUCCACCACAACAUGAACAAAAUUUUGUUCUUCUAAUUGGACCCCCUGGAUGCGGAAAAACCACCUUCUGUAAAAAUUACUUCCCAAAUUUUAUUCAAAUAAAUUUAGAAGAAUUAAAAACAAAAAAUAAAUGCAUAAAUAUGUUACGACAAUAUAUUAUUAGUGGGAAAAAUGUAAUAAUGGAUAACGAAAAUACGUAUGUAAAAAACAGAUUAAUUUACAUCAAUGAGGCGAAAAAAAUAAACAAGAAUUUAAAAGUUAAGGCUAUUUUUUUUAAUUACUCCAAAGAUUUAGUUUUUCAUUUAAAUAAUUUUAAAUUAAUUACUGACAUAUCAAAUCAAAUGAAGGAAAUCCCAACCAUUCCCAUUUAUUCCUUUUAUAAAUAUGUACAAGUGCCCUCGGAAUGUGAACAUUUUGACAGAAUCAUAACUAUAAAUGAUGAACAUUUUGUACCGUCUAACUUCCAAAACGAUGAACAGCAAAAGUUGUUUUACUCUUAUUUGUAUUAA